CUCAUCUGCCAAGCUGCUCUCAAGAUAAAUGGAAGCUACAGAUCUCUCUCAAAUUGUCUGGCGUGCUCCAGAAUGGAUCAACGCCCUCGGUGGUCUGCGUACCGACAACAUCCUCGAGUACUUUUCACAAUCUCCCUUCUUUGAUCGCAGCAGCAACAACGCCGUCCUCAAGCAACAAUCGCAAUUCCAAAACUUUGGCGAUAUCCCACAAGCACUGCAAAAGAUGCGUGGUGUCGAGUUUGCCAUCUACGACGCACGCCCGCCUGACUUGUGGACUAUUGCAAAGCAAGUCCGUGAGAGUGUGGAGGAGGUCCAAGUGGUCAAUAUGUAUUUUAUUGCAAAUGGGAAUAUCUACCAGGCCCCCGACGUGGAUGCAAUCAUGCAAUCGAGAUUGCUCAACAUUUCGAGUUCUAUUGCAGAAGCACUCGAUGCACUCAAGGCGCAAGUGUCCUUCACACCUGCAGGAGGCUACCAAUAUGGACCAAAGCCAGGACCAGCGACUGAACCUGACGCAAGCAGAGCAAGCACAGCACGAGAAGAGGCCGAUACGAAGGCAAUGCACAAAGCCUUGUUUAGCGCCAUGCAAGCUCAGUAACGAAACAAUUUCUCAUAUAUAUAGCAUACUAGACAUCUCAAAAAGAC